AUGUCUUAUGAUGAAUUAUUGGAGUAUUAUUGGAAAGUUAUUGAUGUAGAAAAGUUAAUAAUAAGUAAUUUACCUUUUUACGAAUAUACAGUAUUGUUCCAAUCUUCAUCACUCAUCUCUUUAUCUACAUCAGAUUCAACUCCCCAAACAGUACUUAAUGAAGUAUAUAUUAUUAUUGACGCAAAUGUAUCUGAUAUUCAUCCUCUGAUUCUGAGUGGUCAUUUGAUUAUUUAUUCUGAUAAAAAAAUUUGUAUUGCACAAAAUCAUCUCAUGAAUGUUUAUAGUAAUCUUUGGACAAAUGCAUGUGAAGCAGGAGGAAAAUUAGUUGGUCACAUUCCAGCUAAAGAAGUUUUAUAUUAUUUUAAUUCAUCUCCUUUUAUUAGUUCACAAAGAAAGACUUCUUUUGAUGAUACUUUUGCGGUUAACGUUGUUGAUAAUAACAAGAUUAUUGAUGUUUGUGUCAAUAUUAAUAAUUUAAAGAUUUCAGAUCUCAAGUUACUUAUUUGGAAUAAGAAAAAAGAUACGUUAGGAAUCAAUGAUCCUGAUAUUAUGAAGCUUUGGAAGGUUGACAUCGCUGAAAGUGAAGAAGACAGGCUUAAAGAAUUUGAAGAAGAUAAUAUUGUUGGUGCCGAGCUUAUGAAACCUAACCGCAUGUUCAAUGACUAUUUUAAAAGAGAAGAACUUACCCAGUGGAACAUUCACGUCAUCGUGCAAGUGCCCGCCGCUGCUGGUAAGCGUCUCCCAAUGUUUAAUCGAAAUUUACAGUUGAAAAAAAUACCUUAA